CUAAUGCUUCAUUCUUUGAUACAGAUGCAUUGCUUCAAUGGCUUUCACUGGCUUGGUCAGUUGGAUUCACUAAUGUUUGUUGAAGAGGCAUUGCUUUUACUAAGGUUACAAGAAGUCUUUAAAGUGUGUAGAAUUGGAUGAAGGAGGGCAGUUUGGUGCUGAAAUGUGCAAAACACAAAGUAAUGAACUAUGGAGAAUUCAGUUUUCCAGAAAUCAUAUACAGCACAGUGCUGUCCUUGACAUUUAACUGCAAAAGAAUGAGUGCAUUCAUUUAGCAACCAUGCCAAACAAAAGUAAACAUCACAAGAAAAAAAGCACAUCAUCAUCCCCACUAAAGGCAGAAUGGCAAAAUAACACUGAAAAAGACAACAAGCGAUCCAAGAGACUUAUGAGUCUCUCUAGAUCUCUUCUUCUUUGUAACUCCAAAAACAGUGAUGACAGAUCAAGCCCCGAAGAAAAAUAUCUGGACUCCAGUGAACUGUCAGUAGAACAUGCUAAUGAAAAAUUCAAACACCCCAGAAGAGAGCAGGAAAGGACACCAGAAACAGACAGAGCAUCUUCUGGUAUAGGAAUUCACACUAACGCGGACCUGGCCCACACUUCCAGAGGCACACUGAAAGCAACAAAGAAAAACUGCUCUAAUAAGGAGAAAAACAUUUGGUGGCUUUGUGUUUCUGCUGGUGACAAAGCACUGAGGACAGAUAUUUCAGUCUGCACAAAAUCAGAUUCCUCAUCUGAUGAGAUAAAUGGUGGUGUGCUGAAGAAUGGAGUAGCAUCUCACAGAGGUGGUCAUCUUAAACAAGGAGGUGAAUUCUGUGCACUGAACGGGUUUCCAAAGGGAGAAGCAGAAGCAACCCAACAGUUUGAAUCAGGUGUGCUGGGACUGGUACCAGCAGAGAAGGAAAAAAUGAAAGGAUGCCAAAAAGAGACCACCACCUUUGAAAAAAACAGCAAUGUAUUCUGUCAUCCCAUUAAAUCCACCUGCCACAGGACUCGGUGCAACUCAACUAGUAUAAAUCCAUACUGGGCUGGAGACCUUACGUCUGUGCUACUAAACAAUUCAGAAAGAUGCAGAAGCCCUCAGCCUCACUCCUUGUAUGGAAACAGGAAGUCAUUAUCUCAGCAACUAGAUUUCACAUCUGACAGCAUGCAAGCUGUUUCAAGAUCGCCUCGCUCUCAAAGCACUGCUCAAAUAGGGAAUACGUCAUUCAGUUCUCAAGCAUCCAUAAUUUCCAAUAUUGUUUUAAUGAAAGGUCAAGGCAAGGGCCUGGGCUUCAGCAUAGUUGGAGGAAAAGACAGCAUUUAUGGUCCCAUAGGAAUUUAUGUGAAGACAAUUUUUCCCGGAGGAGCAGCUGCUGCUGAUGGAAGGCUUCAGGAAGGUGAUGAAAUUAUUGAACUAAAUGGGGAAUCUAUGCACGGAUUAACACAUUCUGAAGCUCUCCAAAAAUUCAAGCAAGCCAAAAAAGGGGUCCUCACACUCGUUGUAAGGACAAAUUUAAGAAGCCCCAGUUCUCCUGGUUAUUUAUGCCAUUCCUGGUCUCAGGGUUCAAGCAACCAUAUAUACCAAGAGAAUUUUCUAUCUCCUGAUACAGAAGACUUUGGACUUCAUCAGAGUUCUGUAAGGCCUAAUGACAGAGUCAUAAUGGAGGUUUUCUUGCACAAAGAGGCUGGUGUUGGUCUUGGAAUUGGUCUGUGCUGUGUCUCAUAUGAUGACAGUCAUACAGGGAUCUUCAUUCAUACUCUGGCACCAGGGUCUGUUGCACAUAUUGAUGGAAGGCUAAGGUAUGGUGAUAAACUGAUACAAAUAAAUGAAGCAGUGGUCUGUAACAUGUCACUUAAUGAAGUUUAUUCAAUGCUGAGUCACUGUCCUCCAGGUCCAGUCCAAAUCAUAAUCAGUCGGCAUCCAGAUUCACAGGUCUCUGGUCAGCAGCUUUCUGAAGCCAUUGCCCAGGCUGUGGAAAAUAGUCAAUUUCGUAAAGACCGACAUCAAUGGAGCAUAGAUGACUAUAGUGCAAGGAAAACAAGCUUGUGCUGGCAUGGAAAACCUACAUGUGACAGAUGCCUUGACAGACUUUCUGCUUACUCUAACAGAAGAGCACAAAAGCUGAUGACUCGUUCUAGCAGUGACAGCAGUUACAACCCAAGAUCAUUGUGUAGUCAUGGAAUCACUCAUCAGACGUCUGGCUUGAAAUUAAAGUUUCACAGUAUUGAUGUACCUAUCAGCUCACCACCUCAUAUUAUAUAUUCAACAGUCACUAGUAGUUUGGAAAAGCAACUGAUUUACAACAAACAUAUACAUUGCAUGCCACAUUUUUGUAGUGGCAGAGAGAGCAGUGAAAUGCCUGCAUGUAUACUUGUCAAAAAACUGAAAGCUUCAAAGCCACUACCUCCACCACGUAAGUACUUUAAACACCAGGAUGCUACAGAUGUUCAAGCACUUUCUACAGACAUGGAAUGUGGUGAUUCUUUAGUACCCAGCAUAUCAUCCUCAAGUCUUACAGAUGAGGAAGCUGGGAACCUGGUGUCACAAAGGCAGAAAGCAGCUUUAAGUCACAGUCUAUUGGCAUCUCCAGUACCUCUAUGUACUACUAAACAGCUGUCUUCAAGAUCAACAGUCACAGAACAAGAAACUGAAACAAAACAAGAAAACGAGACUGUAUUAAGUCUAAGACCACCUCUUCAAAGACAAGCACAAGUAAACUAUUUUAGAGACUUCAAAACUGAAGACCCCUGGAUUAAAAUUUCAGACAGUAUAAAAACUCUUUCAGAUUUUGCCAUGAGUCAGGAUGAGAAUUCUCAAGACGCAUUGGCUGGUUGCACUAAGAAUGAAAACAUAAAUGAUGAUGAGGCAGGCUUGGAGAAGUCUUCCCUCUCCAGUGACAUUACUAGUGGAAAGAAAGGACCACCAGUAGCACCUAAACCAUCUUGGUAUCGACAGAGUCUUAAAGGCUUAAAGAAUGAAAGUCCAACAAACAAUUCUGCAGGUCGACGGUUUGGUGAUUUUAACAAAGAAAUGUAUCAUAGCUUUCAACGGGCCACCAGUCAGAGAGGAGGGUCCAUUAAACAAAAGAUUAGUUCUUUUGAAACAUUCUCUAAUUAUGAAACACAGGAGAUAGGAAACGGAAAACCAUCAUCUCCUAAAAGAUCCCCCUCACAAACUGAGAAGACAGAUCCCUGUAUCAAUAAAGCAGAGCCAGUUGUCAGCACUCCAAGAAAGAGCAGUCAGAUUUCUCCUGAAACCUACACUGAAAGCAACAAGCCUGAGUCCAUUUCUUUAUCUUCCACCAGUUGCGAAGAGUUGGACAUGCCCAAACCAGCUAAACCAAUACCCCGUUUAUCUAUGACUAGAAGAAGCAGUAGCACAGAUGGGUCUUCCAGGUCAGAAGAUAUUAAAGCCAGAUCUCGGCUCUCUAUGACUAGGAGAAGCACCAGCACAGAUAAUGAGUCUUCAAGCUCACAAGAUACAGAACCUCUAAUAGUAAAACAACCCAGUCAACGUACAAGAAGUUUCCCACUCACAAGUUCAUCGCCUGACAUUUCCAAGACAAAGACAAAUGAGAAUGCAAAUUUUAAUAAAAUCCACUCAAUCAGCAGCCAAUUGUCAUCUGCUCUGAUGCGAUCAGUUGCAUCACUACCAUCUUCUCCUCUGGUCAGCAGUAAUCCAUGGAGCACACAUCGGGGAUCACCACAGCUAUCUACUGAAGAUGACAUUUCACUUCAGUCAUCUCCAAUUACAGAAACCAGCCAUUUGGACAAAGGAUUUUCUCUCAGACUUACUGAACUAACAGAAUACACAGCAGGCUCCUCAGAGGAGAAGAAAGAAGAUGACAUAAGAGAGGUUGCACCAUCAUCUCAGCAAUGCCCAGUCUCUGCCCAGUCUGUCAUUUCUUCAAUUCCUGCUGAUGAAUUAAGUAAUCUUUUGCAAGAAGUCAGAGAGCUGGAUGAGGAGACACUAAAGCAACUUGAAGACAUCCAUGUUAUAAUUCUGCAUAAAGAAGAAAAUACAGGGGUUGGAUUCAGCAUUGCUGGAGGUAUCGACCUUGAAAAUAAAGCAACUACAGUCCACAAAGUUUUUCCACAUGGUUUAGCAUUUCAGGAAGGAACCAUUGAAAAAGGAGAUGAAGUAUUAUCAGUUAAUGGACAGUCUUUGAAAGGGAUGACACACGGUGAUGCUUUAAAUGUCAUUCGUCAAGCCAAAAUACCAAAGCAGGCAGUUAUUGUCAUACGGAAAGUUAAAGAGUCUGAGCAAAGUGACAUAACUGCAGAUACAUCAGCUUCCAUAGGAGGGACAGAAGACCUCAUUUCAUCAUCAACAGAAGACUUGUCAGAAACCUUUACUGUGCAACUUGAAAAGACAUCUGCUGGAGUUGGUUUUAGUCUGAAAGGAGGAAAAGGCUCUAUUCAUGGAGAUAAACCUAUAGUUAUAAACAAGAUUUUUAAAGGAACAGCAACAGAACAAAGCUGUGUUGUCCAACCUGGAGAUGAGCUACUACAAGUGAACUCAACAGUCCUGCAGGGACUCACUCGUUUUGAAGCUUGGAAUGCCAUCAAAUCAUUACCAGAUGGCCCUGUCACAGCUAUCAUUAAAAGAAGAAAGGCUGAUUCACAAAUAUCCAGCUCUGUGGAUGAGUAGAACUUAGGAUAAAACUGCUGGAAAACUGUAAAAUGAAGAUUCACAGCCAAGUCUGCAUAUUUCAACAUUUGUCAAGAAUUUUCACAAAGCAAAUCACAGCAACACCAUAGCUUAAAUAAAAGCAAUAAACAGUGCUUUAUGCAAGCUUUUGCAUCUGUAAGUCACAAAAAAAAUAUUUCUUUUCCUUAGCAUUCAGUCUUUCAUAAUGGUAUUUACAAGUAAAUUUUGUAGUCUGUCUCGAUUCAAACAAGUUUAAUUAAUUUAGACCAAGGGAAUUUUCUAAGAAACUGUUAUAUUUGUGUGUGUUUUUAAAUGUUGUUUGUCACAAUAACAGCUGGUACUGCUAUUCAAUGAUAUAGCUACAGCUGGAGUAGUUAAUUUCCUUUUAUGUCUUUCUGCUGCAACAGAACACAAGUUAUUUAAAACAGAGUAUUAAAUAUAUAAAUUUAUGACAUUUUAAAGAAGGAUAAUUGAAUGUUAGACUGUAUAUUUAAGAAAGAAUAUAAACAUUUAUUUUCCCACUAGGUUUACAAUAUUGUUUGAUUUGGCAUAAUAUGGUCAGUUAUAUUACAAUAAAUGAAGAAAUGUAUUUAGUUUACAUGUGAUAAAUAGAUUGUGAAAAUCUGUGAAAGUUUGCUAACUGGCACAAUAUUAUAUUCCAGAUGUAACGAAAAAGUCCUAUAUAUAUAUAUAUAUAUAUAUAUAUAUAUAUAUAUAUAUAUAUAUAUAUAUGUAUGCAAAUUUAUAAGCACAUGUUGGCCUAUGCUGUGAAACAUUAAAGCUCUGUUUUUAAUUGUUUA